AUGGACCGACAAAGUGCUAUGCAGGCUUUUCCUCCAUCAUACGUUUCUCCGACUGGCCCCAAGGUCUGGAGCAGUUCGGCUUUCAAGUCGUCCAGAAGCGAUCUUCCCUCUCCUGGUGUCCGCAACACGGCUCGGUGCGUGAUCAAAGCUUCUUCACCCCAAACAAGAAUGACGACGCGUCUUGAAAAGUGAUUCAGGCUUAGGCUAGCGUCGAGCCAGAACCUUACGCCAUUGACUUGUAUGAGUAUAACGAGUCUUGUCAAAAUGUUCGUGAUUGAAUGAGGAUAGUAAGAGCAGCCGCGAAGCUUCAAAGUCGCAACAUUACAGGGAGGUCCUGCUCGUGUGCUGCCACGUGGCAUCGCUCUCUCCCGCCGCAUGAGCAAGAGCCACCUCAACGCGCGCCUUUCUGAGCGAGCGCGGUGGCCGAUCCAUGAGAAACGUGCAAGCGUUUCGCCUUCUUUCCAUCAUUCUCUCAGCGUCAGCGCAGCCGCUAGGAAUGGCAACCAGCGACAAGCACCGGCAGAUCUCUGCAACAGUGAUUUGGCAUGUAUCACAGACUAGAUGAAGCGGAUUGGGAUUCGACCCUCACUGACAUUCCAUCAAUUGCCCCAUGCAUGCCUAGAGCUGCUUGUCAGGUUCAUGUCGACAGCGGCACCCCAGGCAUUCACUCACACCGACCAUCUCCAAGAGGAGACGGGUGUUCUGAGGUCGGGGGAGCAAAUGCUGCAGCGCAUGUAUGCUCUGCUCGACGAGCUUGUGGUGGAGAAGCUGGCCAACGCUGCCUCGCUUGUGACGAGGCGAGAGAGUAGAAGAGCCAAGUUCUUACAGGGAGAGAGGCACUGGCAUGGAAAGAUCGUAGGAUUGAGACGUAGCUCUAUGAUAUAUGUGAAGUAA